UACCUACCAGAAGAAAAAAAAUAAGGAAAGUGGAGGCGCUCGCCAAGUUCCGAUCGAGGUGGGUAAUAAAAGUGCGGUUUUUCGGUGCUGCCGAAAGCGCGGAUCCGCUGCGACGUCGUCGUCGUCGUCAUCCUCAUUUUCGUCGUCUUUGUCACGUCUUGGUCGCCAUCGCCGUCGGUUGGACGUGACCGGGAAAAUGAGUGUCACCGCAGCAGCAGCAGCAACAGCAUCAGCAUCAGAGGCAACAGAAGGUGAAGCGACAGCAUCUCCGGAACAGUUUCUUCACGUGCACGAUCUGCCAUUCGAGAUACUGUGCGAUAUCUUCGACUACCUUCCGCUGGAGGACAUCAAAAUUGCGGCGUCCGUCUGCCACCGAUGGCACCAGAUACUGUUCUCGGAACUGUACAUCAAACGGUUCAAGUUGGUAAUCAGUCUGAAUGAAUCGCUUCCGCAGCUCAAGCAGAUUGCCCAGAUAUUGGAACGCUCGGAGCGGGAGUACUACAGCAUCAUUCUGAAAGCCAACCUCGGCUGCCCGCUGACGGAAUCGCGGCUCAAGAUUGUCAAGCUGAUAGUGCGCUUAAUCUCGCAGUACGCCGAAUCUCUUUACUUCAACAUGGCCGACCUGCGGCUGGAAUCUUGUGUCUCGGAGCGACAUCUCCGGAGUCAUAAGCUGCAGCUGAUUGACACCCGGGCCAAGUACAUUCCCCUCGGGAUGGGUCUCAAGGAAUCCAUGCUGGCGGCCAUCUGCGAGUACUCAACCGAGCUACAGGAUCUGGUCAUUGCCGAAAUGAACAUCACCAAUGCCAAGGCCCUGGAAAAACUUUCGCUCCUUACCCAACUCAAACUGCUUCUCAUAAGCGACUACUAUCCCUACGUGAGACCUCCACAACCUCCAGUUUAUCUACCAAGUUUGGAGAAUCUAUCGCUCAUAAACGUCACCGAUGAGGCCAACUUCUACUUCAAAACGGACGGCCUCAAGCGAUACUUUGUGCACACCACCGGAACCGAUGCGCCUCGAUCGAUGCAGUUCAUCCUGGAAAACGUUAGUUCCGUGGGUCGGCUCUGCGUUCACUUUAGCUCCCGGCAAACCAUUCUGGCCGAGCAGGUCUUCGAAGCGUUGGCCCAUCUUCCGAAUCUGAGCGCCUUCGAACUUGGCGGCGUAGUCAUUGCUGAGGAUGCGUUGAGAUUGAUGAGUCCCACCGGCCACCGACUGCAGAAGCUGAUCCUGGUCGAGUGUCAUAUGGAAACUCUAACACUCACCGAUCAGUCCCUAAAAUUGCCCAAUUUGCGGCAGCUGGUGCUAGAUUCGUGCUUCCUGUUCGACAAUCGUGAGGGCUUCCGGCGGGUGCGGUACGACGAUUUUGAACCCUUGAGGGCGCUUCUUCCAGCCGGGUGCCAGAUUGUGCUGGAUUACAACUGAGUCCGGUUGGCUCGGAUCAGAAACCAAAAUAAUCGAAGCAAUAUUGUAUGGGGUUUAACCCUUCGUUUCAUAAAGUAACAAAUAUGCAACAAUUAAUGUAUGGAAAAAGUGAAAAAUCGUAUUUUAUUUUAAUUUUUUUUCUUGAUGUACUCAUCAUUUCCAACUGAAAAAAAUGAUUUUUAAGGAAAAAUAAAAAAUCAUGAAAUGAAGGGUUAACUUUGUUGAAUUUGUUGAUGGUCUUGACCCAAGGCUGGAUGUUGAUUUAGUCAGAGCAAAAAAGUUGUUAACUAGUUCUUAGGGCAUAUAGGUUCAAGUUUAAAACUCUUCAGCUUGAGCUGUCUGAGUAAGAAAUCCAGUUUACAAAUCCACUAGAAUAAAUAUACAGCAAACAAAUGACACAAAAAUGUUAUCAAUCAAUCGAGCAAUUGUACUUGAACUUAGGAAAUAAAUCACACGAGCUUUAAAA